AUGCACUCACACAGAGACAACGAAUGGGUCAAUUUUCUGAGCAAUAUCGACCCCACAAGUGAAGGCUGGACAAAGAUCUAUAAACUAAACAAAAAACUCAUGCACAAACGACCAGCUGUACAUUCACUUUCAGACAAUCAAAACAUUCUACACUAUGAUGCAGUCACCAAAUCGGAAAUAUUCGCUGAUUCAAUGGAAAAACAAUUCCAAACACCAGACCACACGACUCGGACUGACGAAUUAGUCAAGAAUGCCAUUGAAGAUCAUUUUAAAUUACAUUACACCAAGAGCAUUUUCUUCUCUCCUGGCGAAAUUCAGUACACCAUAAAGAAGCUACCAAGUCAAAAACCACCAGGCCCUGAUCAACUAACGGCAGUCUCAAACACUAUGAUAGGAAAGUAUUAUUACAACUAUGUAACAUACUGA